AUGGCUUCCAAAGGCAAUUCGCUGCGGGAUCGCCAAACUGCCUCUCUCAAGAAAAUCCUCAACCUCAACGAAGUAGUGGAAUCCAAUGAGUCCACUCAGCAGGCGAGCGCACUUCAUGCGCCAGUUGCUCCCAUACUGGACGCCGAUGGCAACCCUAUCUGGAAGGUGCUCGUAUUUGACGACCUUGGUCGAGAUGUCAUUAGCAGUGUCAUGCGUGUAAGCGACUUGCGGUCCAUGGGCAUCACUAUGCACAUGCACAUUGGAACUUCACGGCACCCUAUUCCCGAUGUCCCUGUCAUUUACCUUGUCGAACCGAACUCGCAAAACAUUCAGGGAAUUACGAGCGAUCUCCAAAAAGGGCUUUACUCUCCUGCUUAUAUCAACUUCCUCUCUUCGAUUCCCCGCGUCUUGUUGGAGGAUUUUGCAUCGCAAACAGCAACUGCUGGCACAUCUGAGAACAUUGCCCAGUUAUUCGAUCAAUAUCUAAAUUUCAUAGUGGCGGAACCGGAUCUCUUCAGCCUUGGUAUGCAAAAGGCACACACGUACUGGGCCCUGAACAGCGCAACUACCAGUGAUGAGGUGCUUGAAGGUCUCAUCGACAGGGUAGUAAGCGGCCUUUUUAGCGUUGUUGUAACUAUGGGCGCCAUCCCCAUCAUUCGUUGCCCAAAAGGUGCUGCUGCUGAAUUAAUAGCUAGUCGCUUGGAUCGCAAGCUCAGAGACCACAUUCUCAACUCAAAGGACAACCUGUUCUCCAACACAAGACCAGCCGUGUCGGGGACGCCCAGCUCGCGGCCGGUCCUGAUCCUACUCGAUCGAAACAUCGACCUAACACCAAUGCUAUCUCAUUCUUGGACCUACCAAUCUCUUGUUCAUGAUGUUCUCAAUAUGAAGCUGAAUCGAAUCACCAUCGAAACGCUUGUUGAUGAGAACAAUCCCUCCAAAGGGACUACGAAGAAGGGAUACGACCUGGGCACCAAUGACUUCUUCUGGGCCAAGAACGCUGGAGUUCCUUUCCCACAGGUCGCAGAAGAUAUUGAUGCCGAGCUUACAAAGUACAAGGAGGAUACGGCAGCUAUCACCAGAAAGACUGGAGUUUCAGACUUGGAGGAUCUACAAAAUGAUGCCGGUGCCAGUGCGCAACAUCUCAAGGCGGCGAUAACACUACUUCCAGAGAUGCGAGAGCGUAAAGGCUUUCUGGACAUGCACAUGAACAUUCUCGCGGCCUUGUUGUCGGGAAUCAAGGACCGCCAAUUGGACAACUUUUUCCAACUGGAAGAAUCCAUCAUGAAGCAAACGAAAGCUCAAAUAAUGGAAAUUAUCAAGGAUGAUAACAAGGGCAAGGAGCCCGCAGAUAAGCUUCGAUUGUUCAUUAUAUGGUUCUUGAGCACGGAGCAGGAGGUCAGUCGAGCAGACUUUCAGGGCUUUUGCAAGGCUCUCGAAACAGCCGGCGCCAAUACAUCAUGUCUGCCCUAUGUUCGCCAGGUUCGCGCGACAACCAAGAUGACGCAGCUAGCCACGAUAGAUAAUUCCAACCAGCAAGCACCAUCAUCUGACUUGUUUGGCCGAUUCUCUUCCAUAUCUACACGACUUGCAGACAGGCUAAAAGAAACGGGUGUUCCAUCCGGUCUGUCCUCCAACUUUGAGUCCCUGAUAUCGGGUGUCAAGAACUUCUUACCAGCCGAUCGAGAUCUUACGGUCACAAAGAUUGUAGAAUCAAUCAUGGACCCGUCCAGUGCAUCGUCGUCAGCCAUGGCCAAGACAGAGAAUUACCUUUACUUUGAUCCCCGCUCUGCCAAUGCUCGUGGCACCAUGCCACCGCCGAGUGCUGUACGAUCAGGUACCGGAGCCAACGCCCCGGGUGGCAUGCCAGGCGCAGCAGGCCAAGGGCAAUCGGCAACGUUUGGACAACGAAGGCAAGGAUUUACGGAAUCAGUGGUAUUCACCGUUGGAGGCGGCAGCAUGGAUGAGUACGGUAAUUUGCAGGAGUGGGUUGCACGAACAAAUGACCGCGGGAAGAAGCGGGUUGUGUAUGGCAGUACAGAGCUUUUGAAUGCCAGGGAAUUUCUCAAGGAUGAAUUGGAGAGGCUGGGUAACGAAAUUCCAACAUAA